UCCCAGCACACAUGCAGCACAGUGAGGCAGUGUGUCCGCCACGGAGGAGACAAAGCUGCAGGAUGCGUCCAGGAGACGGGGAUUUGCGCAGGACAAGGGACGUUUUACUCGACUGCCGCGGAAAACUCUGCAGAAGAAUGAAUCACUAGCCUCUACAUACUACCUAAACAAGGACUGGACUCUCAAGCUCCAGUUCCAAAACCAGAACUCAAGAAUGAGGACUAAGUAUGCAGUCAUCUUCAUCUGUGUUGUGGCCCUGGUCAUCAUCGAAAAAGAAAGCAAUAUUCUUUCAAGGGUCUCGGAUAAGCUGAUCCAGAGGCAGAUACCACAGCAAACUCCAAGGCCUCCUCAGAGUGACGACAGUACAGCAUCCAAAGAUUACGUGGAUGUUCUAAAAGUGCUCAGCCAACAACCCCCUACAAAAAGCAACCAAACAAAUCUCCUAGAAAAGAAAGAAGUGGAUGAAACGGGCGAUAUAAAUGUAAAAAGAAACAGCAGAGGUCGCAAGCAUGUGUUGCUCAUGGCUAGCACACGGACAGGAUCAUCGUUCGUCGGGGAGUUUUUCAAUCAACAUGGAGAGACAAUGUUUUAUUUGUUUGAGCCUCUGUGGCAUGUUGAGCGCCGGUUGGCCACAGCAGCAGAGGGGAACAAUUCGACGGCUUUGCCAGGAAUUUACGGGGACAUCCUCCAGGCGCUGUUCCUCUGUAAUUUCUCUCCUCUUGAAAAGUUCAUCUCUCCGUCACCGCAGAACCACGUCACCCCUAAUCUUUUCCGCAGAGAGUCAAGUUUAGCUCUCUGCGAGGAACCUGUUUGUACUCCUGUACUCAAAGAUGUUUUUGAGAGGUAUCACUGCAAGAUUCGCCAGUGUGGACCACUGAAUUUGACUCUUGCGUCUGAGUCCUGCCUCUCCAAACAACACCAUGCCAUCAAGGCUGUCCGUGUGCGACAGUUGGACACACUGCAGCCCUUGGUUGAGGACCCCCACCUCAAUGUCUCUAUUAUCCAGCUGGUUCGAGAUCCACGAGCCAUCUUAGUUUCACGCAUGGUGGCCUUUCCCUCAAAAUACCAGACAUGGAAAGCCUGGGCACAGGACGGACAGGUGCCUGAAAAUGACGAGGAGGUGAAGAGGCUAAAAGGAAACUGUGAUCAAGUUAGGGUAUCUGCAGAAUUGGGACUUAGCAAGCCCCAAUGGCUAAAGGGACGCUACAUGUUGGUGCGUUAUGAGGAUAUUGCUCGGUACCCGAUGCAGAAAGCCGAGGAGAUGUACAAGUUUACAGGGAUACCUUUCAGCUCCCGAGCGAGGGAGUGGAUCCUCAGGAACACACAAACUACAGAGGAAGCUAGUGGAAUAUAUUCCACACAGAAGAACUCUUCAGAGCAGGCGGACAAAUGGAGGACUAGCAUUCCCUUUACGCUGGUUCAGGUUGUGCAGAAGGUGUGCGGUCCUGCCAUGAAGGUGUUUGGGUACAAAUUUGUGGAUGAUGAAAAGACAUUAAGUAAUAAGUCCAUCAGUUUACUUGAGGAUAAACAAUUUUCAUAAUCAAGUGGAAAUAAUAAACAAUAUCAUCACAGGAAAUAAUAAACAAUAUCAUUCACAGAAACACAUGAAAGGAAAUUUUGGAGACCAAACAACUUAGCAUGCAUGGCUUUGUCCUCUGAGAGGAAACCAGGAAGAAUCUGUGUAUUCACAAGGAGAAUAUUCAAGCUUCAUGUGGAAAGACUCUGGUCAGAAUUAAAGAAAUUUUGUACAGCUCCAAUAAAAAAAGUACAACAAAUACAUACAUAUAAACCAAAACACCAAACACUAUAUUAAUCGUGUGCCCAACCUUACCAACUGAUAGCCUCUUUUCAAAGGGAAACUAUAUAUUGCACACUGUAUUCACUGAAAUGCCAGUUUCUCAAACAUUGUGCCAUGACCUUUUUAGUCAAAUAUCAGAUAAGUCAGCAUUUUUAGUGGCCAUUAUAUGAGACAUAUGGUUUUAGGUUUAGAUGGUAGCAUUUUCAGAGAUAAACAAAAGUGUGAUUUUAAUAUUGGAACAGCCUCUGCAGCACACUGUAAAAAAGAGUAAAUAAAAAAUUUAGAAUAAAAUACUGGCGACUGUGGCUGGGACAUCCUUAAAUUGCUAGGAUGUCACAAAUACCAAUCUAAGUCAAUUAAGAGUAUCAAAUGCCAAUAUAGUCUCCGAUAUUGAUUAUUGAUAUUUAGAUUCAGAUUGAGACAUUCAUCAUAUAUUCAUUUAUGUACUAAUAUUAUAAUUAAAACUAGACUAGAGAGCUAAGGUCUCAUUUGAUCAGAUGGGGUAUGUUUUAGUAGUUUUGAAAUCUUACUCAGGUAAAAGUGAAAAAGCAGUUCAUUGUGUCUAUGAGGAGCAUUCAAACAGUAUGGGUAUAUGUGUAUGUGUAUGAUAAUACUCAGAAUUUUAAAAAAUGUUA